AACAAAAUGAGAUUCACAGGCAGUCUAUUAGCCAGCACACCCCCUUACUACUUCACUUUGACUCUAGCUAGCUACAGAGAGAAGUAAUUGACUGGACUGCAAGUUUUAACUAACUCUACUGCAGCUAAAAUGUAUUACUGCUAUGCUCUUUUAUUGGCAUUAGUACAUCCUGUGCUGUGUGACUACAGGCUGGAGGUGGAGCUGGUGCAGUACACUGGCACUGGACUACUGGGGGAUGGGAGUUGUUGUGACCUAGACUUGGGCGAUAACAGAUGUGGUAAUUCGGAUACCUGUGAUUUAGACUUCUUAUUCAGGAUCCAAAACAUUGGAAAUCAACAAGUGAAUUUAAACGCACAAACUAAAGGUGCUGGGCGCUACAUAGAUAUAAACAGUAUCAACUUUGUCAACUGUGAAGAGUUACCCACAACCACGUCAGUAGCUGCCAGCAACCCCCUGACCUUUGACAUACCCUCCAGCAGUUGGUCGAACACUGAACAACUCAGAGUGACGGUUAGUGCUCGAGAUUAUGACCCACCUGUUGGAGCUGGAAGUCCAUCCUUUGGAGAAAUAGGAUCACCUUUCAUUGACUUUGAUCGACCAUCCGCUCCCAAUGAGCUGUUUAGUGACAUGAUGUCUCGUAUACAUGGGGGAGCCACAAUCAGUUAUAGAUAUCGAAUCAUUUGCACUGAUGGUUCGUGCGGAAAUGAUUGUUCUCAAACUGUGAACUGUCCUCAAUGGCCAUCGGCAUGUGGUGAUGGUAUCAGUACAUUUACCACACAGGCUCCCAACACAGACCCGAGUAGUCCCACAGACCCUUGUUCACAGUCUCCCUCCCCUUGUCUUAAUGGUGGAUUGUGUAUGGGACUUUCAAGCGUGGUGUAUCAGUGUGACUGCACCAGUACUGGAUUUGAAGGUAUAAACUGUGAGACCAGGAGCACAUUACAGACAGAUGCCCCUCUCACGACCACAAUGAUGCAGACCACUGAUAGCACCACUACAACUACUACUAGUAUGACAUCCAUCGCCAAUGACAACCAGGGAUCACCAGACCCAGUUGGAUGUGAUGCCUCAAGAAGGAUGGCCAGCUACUGGCUCAUUGUGUGUGCAGUAGCAUUGCUCAUCGAGACCCUUAUGUAAACUGUAAUUUUGAUAAUAAUGAGGAAUUGAUUAUUUUUAUAACAAACACUUUUUUAAAUCAACUUUCAUUGCACACAA